AUGAUGGACGAAAGCCCAGCCCGUUUUCACCCGAAACGAGGAAGGAGGUCUCGUGGACUGCGUCAACCUGAACGUCGUAUAAAAGCCAAACAGCUGCAGUACAGCGGGAUUCAGCCGACUUUUUCUGGUGAGGUCGACAUACGGAUCUCUUCUUCAUGCACUUUUAUACGGAAAGAAAGUUCCCUAACAAUGUUAACUGUGGAGAUUAAUCGAAAACCAGUUUCUCUUCGUAUUUACAAUGUACCUACGGAUAUUCGUAUGUUGGCCUCGCCAGAACUCGAAGGAUAUUUGCCCUGA